UGAGCAUUCGACCAGGAGGGAAGUGAGAAGGAACGGCGCUGCACGCUGCCUGCGAAUGGUCGCCGACCGUCGCCGCGCCGCCCGCACCUACAGUCCUCCCGCCGCGCCGGCUCUGCACGCUCUACGCUAGCCGCAUCAUGGUAAUGGACAACCGAAAGAAUGAAGAUAAUGAAAAUGAACGUAAUUCAUCAAUUUUUGUAACAAAUUUUCAAAAUGGAGAAGUUGUAAACUAUUCUCUGGUUUUAAUUAAAGGGAUAAUAACAAGAGGAAACUCCAACAAUCAUGAUAAACUAUUAUGCACGAUCACAAGUGACGGAAUUAAAAGCAAAUCUCAAUGGAGUGUUUAUAAUGGAGAAUUUAAAGUAAUACUAGAACUUAAAAGAGGAGAAAACGUGAUCGAGUUAGAAUACGGUGAACAACAACGAAAGACCCUGCUCUUGGAUUACACACCAAGGAAGACAAAUCUCAGAGUCACCCCAAUUUACAUUAUAUGUCAAGGUCAUGAUGGAUGUUUUCAAAGCCCACCUGAUGUUGACAACUCAAUCGAAAGUGCAUGUUCUAGAAUAGCAAUAAUCUCAAAGUUAAUUCAAAGUAUAACAGCUGAAAAAUUAUUUGAAAGUGGUGUUGGACGAAAGACGUUUCAGCUUGAACAUGAGAUUACUCUCAAGAAACCAGAAUGUAUCAUUUUCCGAAGUAGCCUUAAUGUUAAUAAGGCAAGAAAAAUGAAACAAGCAGAGUUAUGGACACAUUUUGGAAGAGAAAUAAUGCUUUCAGAUUUAGGCAGCAACGAAAGAAAAUUUUUAGGAUUUAUAUCAUGCACAAGAUUUAAAGGGACUGACAUUGAUAAACCUAUGACUCAUGAUGAAAUAGUUUCCAUAACUGAAGCGUAUGCUGCACUAGGUGGAGGAGGACUAGCCUUAUUUGGAACAGCUUGUUUAUAUACUUGGCCAACAUGUAUUGAUGAAGUUGUUCCAAAAUUUUUAGACUCAACACCAGUGAAUACACAUAGAUUCAUGGACGACAGCGGUUACCGUGGGACCUUAGGAGGAUGUUUUGCAACUACUUUGGGUUCAGUGUUUCAUGAAUUAGGACAUACCUUUGAUCUCGGUCAUACCAAAGAUGGUAUUAUGGGAAGAGGAUUUGAUAACAUCGAUCGUGUUUUCCUUGUUGGUGAAAAAAGAGCAUCUUUAAUUAAAGAUAAUAUGAAUAAUUACAAUGGAAAACCAGUACAACAUUCUACAGUGUCACUUCAACGAAAUAUCAGCGUUACAAUGAAUGUAGCAGAACCACUACGAGUUUUGGGGCCAAGAAGUAAAACUACACUCGGAAAUUUUGCUUCUAUGUCAAAAUCUGACAUAAUAAGACGAAGUCCAAAUAUUACACCAAUUACGAGACCCUCUAGUGUUUAUUCCAGUAUAACAAAUAAACUCUCGGAUUCUAAAAAAAACGUUAAUCGUAUAAAUGGAAACGACUCCAUAUAUUGGACGAGGAACUGUGCAGUCCUAUUAUCUUAUCAUCGAUGGUUUAACAAUGAAUACGGAAGAGAAAGACAAGCCAUAACAAGAUAUUUGAAAUUUGAUAAAAAUAAGAUGAUGAUAAUAUCCACAGCUGGAAUAAGAAUAGUAGAAGUUCGAGAUGAGUCAAAUGGAAUGGUUUUAGAUUCUUACGAAUUUACCAACCUUUUACCUGAAAAAAGAUUUUUGGUACCAUUCACAUUUUCACCUAAAAGUAAAGUUUUAACUAUUGUAGUAGAAGAUGACUUGGGAAAUGUAUUAAAACAAACAUUUUCUUAUUGAAUUAAAAUU